AUGAGGCGAGCGGGACACUUUGCUCUCCAGCUGGAUGAAAUGACAGAUGUCAGCGGAGAAGCCCAGCUCUUAGCGUUUGUACGGUACAAAGAUGAAUCGGACAUAAAUGAGCACGUACUAUUUUGCAAAGCACUGCCAGGAAAGACAACGGGUGAAGAGAUAUUCCAGGUGAUCGACAGCUUUUUUAAAGAGCACGAUAUUGAGUGGACGUACUGUACGCACAUCUGCACAGACGGCGCUGCUGCUAUGUCCGGGGGAGUAAAGGGACUUCUUGGCCAGCAAGAGAGUGAGCCCUGA